AUGAGGGUUUGGGGGAGGGUGCACGUGUGGGGGGUGUCUGGAAGCACGGGACAGCUUUUCCUUCCCAGCCGGGGCUGUGAACACAUUGCAGUGCCCGAGGGCAGUAGCAUGGACAACCUGUGCUCUCCUCACAUGAGUGAGCGGCGAGCGGUCCAGGGAUCCGAGCUGGCACGCUCAGCCAAACAGGUGUAUGAUGGGAAGACGCGGGCUGUGAAGGGUGAAUUUUCUUAUGUGGAGGGGGGCGUGGUUCAGCGCGGUCUGUGGGGAGAGAGAGCGUCAGGAGAAAGACGCCAAGCCGACCCUGACUCCUUUCUUCCAUACUAUCGAACUUGUUACAGUGGUGCCGAAACCCGGGAAGAAAGGAGUGAGCCGCCGCCAGCCAUGCAGACUCCGCCGGGAUCGCCAUUUGCGGAGGUUAUCGCCUCCCUCGCUGGUCUCCAUCAGCAACACCACCAGGCCCUGUUGGGUCUGAGGGAAGAUCAGGAGAGGAGGUUCCAGGCCCUCGUCCAGACCCAACAGGAGGACCGCGAGGCGUUCCGGAGCUGGGCGAGCCAGGAGAGGGGACCGAGCGAAACAUCGACCGCAUCCCCCACCAUCCCGCUGCACAAAAUGGGGCCCCACGACGAGCCGGAAGCCUUCCUGGAGCUCUUCGAGAGGUCCGCGGAGUUAUCCGGGUGGCAGCCAGAUGCCUGGGCGGCCCGCCUGAUCCCCCUAUUGUCAGGCGAAGCCCAGUUGGCCGCCCAGCAGCUGCCAGUAGCUAACUUGUUACAAUACGCGGACCUCAAGAGGGCCAUCCUGGAGCGAGUGGGACUUAGUCCGGAGCAGCAUCGGCAGCGUUUUCGGUCGCUGGAACUCGGGGAUCGCGGUCAACCCUUCGCCUUCGCACACCAGCUCCGGGACGCAUGCCACAGAUGGCUGAUGGCCGGCGCCAACACCACCGACGACCUCGUCGAGAAGGUGACACUGGAGCAGUUUGUGGGACGGCUACCCAGGAAGACCGCCCAGUGGGUCCAGUGCCACCGACCGUCGACGCUGGCGCAGGCCAUCCAGUUGGCGGAGGACCAGUUGGUGGCGUGCCCUCGGGUCGGCGGACCCCUGAUGUCUUCAUCUCUCUCUCUCCCCGUGACCUCGCCACCCCUUCCUUCCAGACCGGUGCCCUUCCCCCGGACCCGGGGAACUUUUCCUCCACGGCCAGCCCCACGGACCCGGAGGUUUUCGGAGCCGGGACCCACAGGAGCCGCCAGGUCGUCGGAUGGAGCAGGGAGCUGGCUGAAUCAAGGCUCCAAUUUCUCCUCUCACCCGUCAACCUCCCAAGCCUCUCCUCGCCAAUUCGGGGGUCUGCCUCCUGCCGCUAGGGCGGCGGGAACUUCUGGGCCGGCCUGUUGGCGUUGUGGGGAUCCCGGACAUUUUAUCGACCGUUGUCCCAUGAUGGAGGUCGGUAUGAUGAUCCGGGUCCCCGACAACCCACAGGCUGCCCUCGGUCAAGACGGGCUGUACCAAAUACCGGUGAGUAUAAGAGGGGGUACCUAUCAGGCUUUGGUGGAUUCAGGAUGUAACCUAACCUCAAUUCACCAAAGCCUGACUCAAUUCGUGGCAAGGGAUACGGGCCGCAUGGUUAAGGUCCCCUUCGAACGAAUUGGUAUGGACCUGAUCGGGCCGUUAGAGCGAUCCGCACGAGGGCAUCGAUUUGCGUUAGUCAUUGUGGAUUACGCAACACGUUACCCUGAGGCAGUGGCGUUACGCAAUAUCUCAGCAACCAGUGUUGCGGACGCACUGUUUCGAGUCAUCUCCCGGGUGGGAAUCCCGAAAGAGGUUCUCACCGAUCAAGGCACGGCGUUUAUGUCACGGACCCUCCGCGAACUCUACGGAUUAUUGGGGAUUAAAACGAUUCGGACCAGCGUCUACCACCCACAAACUGACGGGCUGGUCGAACGCUUCAAUCGUACAUUGAAAACCAUGAUCCGGAAGUUCCUCCUCUAUGGUCGUCAGCCUCGCGGGGUUUUAGACGUCCUAAGAGAGGCUUGGGAGGACGGGCCUUCCGCGAGCAAAAACCAAAUCCAAUAUGUCUUGGACCUGCGAACAAAACUCCAUACACUGGGGCGGCUCUCCAUGGAGAAUUUGUUACAGGCCCAGGACAGACAGAGUCGGCAGUAUAACAGGGGUGCUAGACUACGUAAAUUUACACCGGGAGAGAAGGUGCUUGUAUUACUCCCAACGUCCAGUUCUAAGUUACUCGCCAAGUGGCAAGGGCCGUUCGAGGUCACACGACGAGUAGGGGAUCUCAAUUAUGAGGUAGUUCGGUCGGAUAGGAGCGGAGCGCAUCAGAUUUAUCACCUCAAUCUCCUCAAAAAGUGGAGCGAGGCGAACACCGUGAUGCUGGCGACGACAGUGAGCAGAGAAGAUGAUCUCGGACCAGAAGUGAACACCAAAGUGCAAUCCCUCGCGCUGGCUCCAGGGGGAGAUCAUCUCUCGUCCUCACAGGUCACGGAUGUGGUAAGAUUACAGGCAGAAUUUGCAGAUGUGUUUUCGCCCCUACCCGGCCGCACGAACCUCAUAGAGCACCACAUUGAGACCAAACCGGGUGCGAUAGUGCGCAGCCGACCAUAUAGAUUACCUGAACACAAAAAAAUGGUGGUUCAGAAAGAAUUAGAGGCGAUGCUGGACAUGGGCGUAAUAGAAGAGUCCAGUAGUGAUUGGGCGAGCCCGAUAGUCUUAGUACCUAAAACCGACGGCUCUGUCCGAUUCUGUGUGGACUAUCGGAAGGUGAAUGCUGUAUCGAAGUUCGAUGCAUAUCCAAUGCCACGAAUUGACGAAUUGCUAGACCGACUAGGCACGGCUCGGUUUUAUUCGACAUUGGAUUUGACGAAAGGAUAUUGGCAGAUCCCUCUAUCUCCACUAUCCAAAGAAAAGACGGCUUUUACCACGCCGUUCGGUUUACACCAAUUUGCUACACUUCCGUUCGGGUUAUUCGGGGCCCCGGCGACCUUUCAGCGCCUCAUGGACCGCAUACUCCGGCCACACUCUGCAUAUGCCGCCGCGUAUCUAGAUGAUAUCAUCAUAUAUAGCAAUGACUGGGAGCGGCAUAUGCAACACCUGAGAGCGGUCCUGGCUUCGUUGAGAGGUGCGGGGCUAACGGCUAACCCGAAGAAGUGUGCAGUUGGGCGGGUAGAGGUAAGGUAUCUGGGUUUCCACUUGGGCCACGGGGAGGUGCGUCCCCAAAUUAAUAAAACAGCCGCGAUUGCGACCGCCCCGAGACCCAAGACCAAAAAGGAGGUGCGGCAGUUCCUGGGGCUGGCGGGAUAUUACAGGCGGUUUGUACCCAAUUAUUCGGACCUCACCAGCCCGCUGACUGACCUCACUAAAAAGGGAGCACCAGAUACCGUCCAAUGGACGGAGCAGUGCCAGCAGGGGUUUACCAAGGUGAAGGCUGCUCUGUGCGGCGGGCCGUUAUUGCACUCUCCUGACUUUUCUAUUUCCUUUCUCCUUCAGACCGAUGCAUCGGACAGGGGCGUGGGGGCGGUUCUGUCCCAGGAGGUGGGAGGAGAGGACCGUCCGGUGCUGUACAUCAGUCGCAAGCUCUCACAGAGGGAGACGAAGUACAGCACCAUUGAGAAGGAAUGCCUGGCGAUCAGGUGGGCGGUCCUCACCCUGCGCUAUUACCUCCUGGGACGGGAGUUUACGCUCUGUUCGGACCACGCGCCUCUCCAAUGGCUCCACCGCAUGAAGGAUACCAACGCCCGGAUCACUCGUUGGUAUCUCGCAUUACAACCCUUCAAAUUCAAGGUGAUCCACAGGCCGGGGACACAGAUGGCGGUGGCUGACUUCCUCUCCAGGAGGGGGGGGGGGAAGCUGCAGGCCGGAUGGGGCCCCGGCCUGAGUCGGGCGGUGGGGGUAUGUGGCAAGGGGGGCGUGGUUCAGCGCGGUCUGUGGGGAGAGAGAGCGUCAGGAGAAAGACGGUGAGUAGGCAGAUCAACGCUUUAGUGAAAACACCUGCUUAUCGUUCUAGUAAUUGGCGAGGAGACGCUUUAAAACCCCAAGACGGACCGGGAGGAAGUGAGAGAGAGCGGCUGGGGAAACGAGCGUGCCAGAGACGAGAGACGUCGCGUCCGAGGAGAUCGGGCAGAAAGAAUCUUACGAUCAGGAGAGAUCGAGUUUGAACUUUUAUUUUGAAACCGGAAGUGUGAAACCCGGAACUAUUGUGUCAAUAAAGACUUACCUCGUUUUCCCAGCCAAGCCGA